AUGGCCGCGAGCUCUUCUGCAGACCAGCGCUUGGUGCGGUCGCCGCCUUCGGAAUAUCGGCAUCUCGCUGCUGGCGGAAUGGUGGGGCGUGUGUGGGCGAUUCGAGAGGCGUCCAAGGCCUACGCGAAACUUUUGGCGAAGAGUGAUAAGUGGUGGUGCGACCAGAGCAUCUGGGCGCUGUUGUUUGUGUGGGGCGUGACUCAGGACCCGACUGUGGAUGCCGCCCUUCGCACGCGGUACGGCCUUCUGAGCCUUGACUACAACAACUCUUUCUUUCUCACGCCGCGUAAAGGGCUUUUUGGGUCUCCGGCGAUCAUUCAUUUUCCCGCACCCAUUAGUUGGUGGCGCAACGAAUUGCCUGGACUGCUGAACUACACACAAUGGUUUCAUCCGCUACAAAGUUCUCCCACCUUUGCUCAGGAGACGAGGGAGUUACUGCAGAACACAUCUGUGAAAGUGUACGGAGCUAAUCGGCGGGCAAACAUAACCCGCUUCCCUGACCUCUGCUCGUUGAAGGACGUUCUCGACCCCCAAUGGCUCUCCCAGCCUCAGGAGAAGGCACCUAAGGAGUAG